UUCUCAUCAGAAAAUUCUAAUUAAAAAAUUUCCACAGACACCACAGACAUGUUCUUAAUGAACUCAGAAACUGGAGGAUUGAGCACAACAAGUACCUCCACACACACACACACACACACACACACAAACAUCCUGUUAAAAUGUGCUUUUCUUCUGACAGACAUCUGUUGGUUUUGGAGAAUGAGCAGCAGCCGGAGGUAAUAAGGGUCCACCACAACGAUGAUGAUGAUGAUGAUGAUGAUGAUGAUGAUGACGAAGAUGACGAAGAUUAUGAUGAAGAUGAAGGCAGUCAUAGUUUCAGCAGUGAUGACAUCACUAGAGACACAAGCUCUCCUGAUUGGUCGGUUCAGUGUCCCUCAGCAGAAUCUGCAGAGAUGCUGAGACUCAGCUCUUCAUCCGGCUGCUCCAUGUCUCCGUCUCCUCCACCCAGAGCAGCAGCAGCUCCCCCUGCGGGCCGGAGGAUCACACAGAUCCACAGCCGGAGACUCAGAGCUCAUCCUGCAGAGACUCCCAGACUGAAACACCCGCCUGAAGUGAUGCAUUGUGGGUCAGAUUAGAUCAUAGAUCUCACUGCAGGUCUGCACACUUCCAGAAGCAGUCUAAAGUUGUUACUGACACUGAAUCACUAGGGGGCGCCAUCUGCAUUAUGAGACCUGCUGUUUUGUCUCCGCUUUAUUUCAGAAGUAUUCCAGCUUUGAUUGACAGGUGUUGGUGCACAGAUGUCAUGUGAUCACUGAUGCAGACUGGAUCUCCAGCAGCGCAGCUUCAUCUCUGGCGAUCGUGAACAGGUUCAGUGUUUGCAGACGCAGGUGCAGGUGCAGGACUGUUAUGUUCUGACAAACACUGCAGCAUUUCUCUCUUCAGAAACUCCACAGGCUCCCAGUCUUUUAACCAUUUGAACAGAAUUUUGUAAGAUGAUUUUUGUGCACAUCCAAAUUUAUGUUGUUAAUAUUUGGAAAAUGGAGGAUGGAAAAUUGUUAAUAAAGACAAAUAGAAAAUGAAAAAAUGGAAUAUCUGGAAUAUCCUAUAUAAUAAUAAAGAACAAAUGUACACAACCAUUUAAAAGUUUGUGGCCAGUAAGAUAAAAAAUAAAAAAGUAUGCAUUUAAUUGCAUUAAACGAUGGCCUUAGUAAGAAUAUGAUAGUUCUGUAAAAUAAUAAAAUAAAAUAAAAAUUAAUUAAAUGUAAUUAAAAAAAUAAU